CUAUGUGUUAGUGCGGUUGUCAUUUUAUUUUGGAAUAACAGAGAGACGUGAAGAAGAAAAACAUAAACAAAUGACGUUUCGGGAGUUGCUUUUAUGAAAAUAUUUAGAGUUGAUUCUGUUUGCGAAAAUAUUGACAGUGAAAUGCGGUGUUUUGUUCCGGGAUGUUUCAAUCGUUUUCAUCACCUGCAUUUGAAAUGCCACCAACAGCACAAUCACUCCAUUAUCCAUAAUAACUGUAAUAGAUACCACAGUGCGAUCCGCCAAAUCCUUCCUCCAACGAAAUGAACAGAAUCGGAUGUGUGUAAAAUUUUCUAUAUUUCGACGUUACCUUGCAAGCCCUUGAAGGUAAAAUGUCCAGAUUUUCAAUAAGUGCCAAAGAUUCGCAAGGCUGCGCGACAACUGGAGUAACUUAGAAGUGAAAUCCCGAUCUGAACUAGUCGUUUGUUUAUGUUUACAUGCUUGAAUCCCGGCGCGCCAUACUUAAUUUCGUGAGAAAAUUACCAACACAACCAAACCUGUCUUACUACGCCACCAGUGUAUUUUACGUCGUGCAUCCACUGAUCGCAUGAAUUUUGUCAGUUUGCUGUCGGCAUAGUAGAUUUUUUUAUAAUAUUCCGCGAAAUGUCGAUCGAUCGAUUGCCGGCGGAAAUAUUGCAGAAAAUUUUUGAUUACCUACCUCGCGCGGAGCAGCUGCAGAAAACUCGCAUUAAUCGCCGCUGGAACCGUCUAUCACUGCGCGAAACUUACCUAAUUCUAGCAUACGGUGAACAACUGAUUAGCGAACGAUUGCUACGACGAACAACGCGGGGCUACUGUUGCUUCUCGAUCGAAUUUAGUGAGGCUUACGAGGAACUGCGGUCGAGAUUAUGCAUUUGUGCGCAGAAAUUUUCGUUGCGAAAAUUAAUACUGGACGGUAUCCAAACUUAUGCGAUGGUAAGCUUCGUUAGUGAACACGGAAGUUGGCUACGCAGUUUAGUGCAGCUCUCAGUGACAGUGUCGAACCAGAUAGACUCUAGUCAAAUCAACGUCCAGUUGGACCUGCCAAGAUUGCGUAUUCUAUCUUGGACCUACAACACUGAAGGAUGCAGCUCAGCUCUUCCAGUUUUCCGGUUGAACGCGCCAUCGCUUGAAGAUGCCUUUAUAGAGUGCCUGGAAACAGAACGAUGUCCAUUAAUACUGGAGAACACAGGGAAACUCAAGUCUCUGGGACUAUUCGUUCCGAAGUUGAUCGAGCAUUUAUGUCCAGAUGGACUAAAUUCGCUUGACUGUUUGAGAAUUUAUAAUUCAAGCAGACCGUUCGCCUGGAAUAUUGACCAGUGCAGUCUUUCUCGUCUAAAGGUGUUGGAAUUAUGCGGCUGUGUUGUGAGCGGUGUGUCGUUGUCAUUUAUAAGAAACUUCCCUCAACUGGAAACACUAGUGAUACAAACCGAGCUUAAUAAUCCAAUCAAUCUAAGCAUCAUAGCGAAUUCUUUGCCCAACCUUAAACAGUUGCGUCUCUUCGACGUCCGAUACAUCUACGAGCCGGGAAUGUUGACCUUUCCUUCACUUCAAACACUAGACAUCAACGACGUAAUGUGUGACCAUGCCGAUCAUCAGCUCGAGAUAAAUGCACCCUAUUUGAUGACACUGAAGGGAACUAAUUUGAAUCUAAUACUGCUCGAACUGACGAAAUACUCCACCGUAAAGUCUUUGAUUGUUUUUGGUCUUUAUCUUAACUUCCCGCGACCGCGUCUGUUCGAAUCCGUUAUGAUACUUUACCUUGAUGUUCCCUGCAAUACAUCAAAUGCAAUGCUGGCCAUGAAUCCGCAUACAAUACUACUCACAGAAUGUUUACACCAAUUCCCAAACCUUACCCGUCUCACGGUGGUUUUGCAUGACAAAAGAGUACCCGUCGCAAUCAGUGGAUUCCUGUUGGCAAUUAGUUUUGUAAAUCUCCGCUACCUACACUUGCGAGACUUUGAUCUGGAUUACAACUUUUUAGUGGGAAUCAAAAAAGCCAACAUUCGGACGCUCAUCCUGCAGGACGGUACCCUAAAUACUACAGCGGACAACGUACCGUUGCAUUUCUCAGAAUUACAACAUUUUUUCGUACAGAACGUCAAACUACCGAAAGACGUUACGGAGUUUCCGGUGCUGUAUCCGCCGAUGGAGAUGAUUCUCGCACUGGCCGAAAGCAAUGUUUUCAGCUCCGAGUGCUGGGAUGAAAAUGUCGUCAAGUCUCGCGAAGACUACCUCACAUAUCUGCAAUAUUAGUAGAUAUAACAGAUCUUAUAUUAAAGCAAGUUUUACGUUUUUGAAAAUAAAAAUACAAAUGA